UUUGACUUUUUAAUGAGCCUGUUGAGUUUCAUUCUAUCUGCUUUGUGUUUAUAAUAUUCAAAUGGUUCUACUCUGUGCUGGUUUUGUAGUGGUGCUGAUCUCCUCUGGGCAGUGUUUGGAGUGAGGAGAUGGCUCGGUCCAGUGCGAACACCAGUAACACCAGUUUGGAGAGUGUCCUGCCUGGGGAUGAGCCUCGGGAUGAACGCCUGGCUCGCCUGGAAAUAGCCCUGCUGUCCAUCAUCUUCAUAGCUGCAGGACUCCUUAACUUUGGGCUGUUGUUGGCGCUGUGGAAGCGGAGGAAGCAGCUCUCCAGGAUGCGCGUCUUUGUCUUCCACCUGUGCGUCGCCGACCUGGUGGUCACAUUCUUUCAGGUGUGCCCGCAGCUCAUGUGGGACAUCACGGACAGAUUCGUCGGUCCUGACAUCCUGUGUCGUCUGGUGAAGUACCUGCAGGUGGUCGGGAUGUUUGCCUCCACUUAUAUGAUCGUGGUGAUGACCAUUGACCGAUACCAAGCUAUCUGCAACCCCAUGGUGACUUUCCAGAGGCGCAGAGCGCGCUGGAACGGCCCGGUGUGCGCCGCCUGGUGCGUCUCCUUCAUCGGAAGCCUCCCGCAGGUCUUCAUCUUCUCCCGGGUGGAGGUCGCUCCUGGCGUGUAUGAUUGCUGGGCUCAGUUCGUCAUGCCCUGGGGUCUGAGAACCUACGUGACCUGGACGACGCUGGUGAUAUUCGUCCUACCGAUUCUCAUCGUGAUCGUGUGCCAGGUGCGCAUUUGCCGCACCGUGCACACCAACAUCCACCUGAAGGCGCACCAGGGGGAGGCGGUGACGAAGCCUCUGUCCUCCAGGGCCAGCUGCGUGGCAGGGCUAUCAAAGGCGAGGGUGAAGACGGUGAAGAUGACUGUGGUCAUCGUGCUGGCAUACAUCGUCUGCUGGGCGCCUUUCUUCACCGUGCAGCUCUGGUCUGUCUGGGACACAGAGGCGCCCACCCAGUCGGCCACCUUCACCAUCCUGAUGCUGCUUGCCAGCCUAAACAGCUGCGUGAACCCCUGCAUCUACUUGGCUUUCAGCGGGAAGUUGCCCGGAAGACUUGUGGGCCUCAUGUGUGUGGAUGAACCUGAUAUGAAGGAGUCUAUGCAGGAGGAGGCUACCAUGGUCAGCUCGUUGCACAUUAGCCUCAAAGGACUGUCAGACUGCAGAUAGAAAUCAAAAUGACUUUUCUUUUUUUCUUUUCACCUCAUGACUACCUGUUGAGGAGCAGGAUCGGGUGAUAUUUCCUAAUAAGUGUGACCAUAUUUCUGCAGGAGGCUCUCUGCAGUAGAGAUGAUUAAUGUGCAACAUGAGUUGGGAAAUGAACAACUAAAGGUUGGAAAAAGGGCAGAGAAAUACCUAAAGAAACAUCUUAUUCUAAAAUUGCCAAACUGAGAAAGUUGGUGUGCCCCAACAUUUGAAAGAAAAUGUUCAAAAUUCUGGACAGAGACGUGACCACUGCUUUGAUACUAAUUAAAAUGUGAAGAGAAAGAAAAUAAUCAUUAUUGACUUUGGAGAUCAAGCUAAAUUACUUUAUUAUCAAAGUCUACCUUUGCACUGGUUCAUGGAAGUUCUUGUCAGUUAGCUUAAAUAGUUUUACAUUUUGGCUUAUUUAGAUGAAUACACUUGCAAUAGCUAACCCAUUAUUUCUAUUAGUUAAUUUAAUUCAUAUAAUUGUAAAUAAAAAAAGAAAUAUUAAUCUGUUAUUGUCCCAUAAUAGGGAAUUUCACUCUCUGCAUUUAACUAAUCCCCUUGGGGAGCAGUGGGCUGCCACUUUUUGCGCCCGGGGAGCAGUGCGAGGUUAAGGGUCUUGCUCAGGGACCCAGACUCCUGCAACAAUCUACAGAUGUUUCCAGUUGAACAUGAGUAUUGCUCAGAUAGAAUU